ACCUCGAUAACAUGUUAAUUUUGUUUGUCUAAGACGUUAUCAAAAUAUAACCGUUAAUCAGUAUCAUAUAAUCGUCUUGAAAAGUAAUGGAUAAUUAUUUUACUAUAACGCUUAUUUGUUCUUUUGGAUGUGUAUUAUCAAAUGGAUGUAAUAAUAUGCAUAGAAAUUAUACAGAAUGGGAAACCUUGUUCAUUGGCAAAUGUCUGGCUUACAAAUCUGAUUACGGGACAAUCUCAUUUUGUAAAAGGAAUAUUGACUGCGACGAUUUGUGGCAGAAAUUUAUCAGAGGAGUAGAAUAUCAAUCGAAAUGUGAUUUCAAUCAAGGUAGCUACGAAGAAUUUCUACGUGCAAGUGAACAUGCUGUUCCGGCAAAUAAGUUUAUGUUUUGGUCAGGAGUAUAUUCCCUUGUCAUGCGCUAUAGCAAUAAAGGCCAACGAUAUUUCACUAUUGCAGACACACUAACAGGAUAUUUACUGGAUAAUAUGGUAUGGUGUGGUAAUGCUACAGAAUCGGACGGUAUUGAGAAAGAUUUGGAAACCUGUCCAGGAUUUCAUACAAGUUCUCAGUGUUCACAAACUGCCACAACAGUAUUUUGGUCUGCAGCCUCGCAAAACUUUGCAAGACUUGCAGAGGGGAAUAUCCAUGUCAUGAUCAAUGCAAGCAGAACGCCAGCUUUUCGGCCCGAUUCGUACUUUACUACAAAAGAACUACCAAAUAUUAAUGCAACAAAAGUAAAGAAAGCAACGAUACUAAUGGUGCAUUAUUUGAGGGAUCCAUUACUAGAAACCUGCUUCAGUGAUUCAAUUAUUGAUUUGGGAUCUAGAUUUCAAGCAAAUGGUAUAGUUGCUGAAUGUGUGGAUAAUCCAAGGGCUGUUCACUUGUUAAUGUGUGCUGAUGAUCCAGAACAAUCAGGGUGUCAACAUUUACUAUCUACAUCGACAGCAGUUAAUCUGACAUAUAUGAAAUCUCAUUAUUAUGUCUUGGUUUUAAUAUGUAUCAUAGUGAUGCUUUAUUAAAUUACAUAUCUCAUUAUUACCUUUUAUUACUAUUUGGUAAUAAAUAUUCUG